UCAGAUUGGUGAAAGUCACUGUUAUGCUUUAUCCAUCUAUUUCAUCAGGUGAUCGUGAAUUUGCCAGGAAAAUUUCCAAGUUGCUCAGUGUCUUUGAAAUCACAGGAGCGUACCAUCUAUGGUGCUGCAGUCAAAAUCCAAAGGUUUCCUUGGCCCUGGUGGACUGGAGUUUGACCUCUGUGCUUUAAAGGGUGUGUCUGUCAGAGGAGACCUGGUCCCCCUGGAAGGCAGAGAAGCCUGGACAAAGAUGAAAUCUUCCCUCUCCAAAGGUGGAGCCGCUCCUUCAGGCAUCCGGCCAGAGGGAGAUCUGCAGGCGACAGAAGAUGCAGACGUAAGCGGGAAGCAGCAAAGUGAGGGUCAGCCUGGACAGUUGACAGGAAAUGAUGAUGAACUGAUGUACUCAAUGGACAGCUCUCCAGACAGUGAAGAUGAGGGUAUUGACAAAAAAGCGAAGAAGAAAAAGAAGCUGAAAAAGAAGAAGAAGAAGAAGGACUCCUCCUCUUCUUCUUCCUCCUCCUCCUCUUCUUCAUCGUCUUCUUCUUCCUCCUCCAGUAGUUCCUCAGACAGUGAUAGUGAGGAUGAGAAGAAAAAGAAGAAGAAAAAGGAGAAGGUCUGGGAAAGCAUCAUCCUCUGCCAGGAAGGUCCCGAGGGUCUGGAAGAACAGCUGACUGGAGAGGGCAUGCACAUGAAGCCUGAUUACGACUCAUCAGAUGAGGAAAAUGACAAGAAGAAAAAGAAGAAAGAUAAGAAGGAGAGAAAAAAGAAGAAAAAGAAGAAGGAUUCUUCCUCCUCCUCAUCUGACAGUGAAGACGAAAAGAAAAAAAAGAAGAAGAAAAAGAAGGAUUCAAGUUCAUCUUCUUCAAGUAGCUCUUCUUCAUCUGACAGUGAGGAUGAUAAGAAGAAGAAGAAGAAAAAAAAGAAGAAGAAGACGAAAAAAAAGAAGAAGGACUCAAGUUCUUCUGAUAGUUCAUCUUCAUCUGAUAGUGAGGAUGACAAGAAAAAGAAAAAGAAGAAAAAGGACAAAAAGAAGAAGAAAAAGAAAGACAAGAAAAAGGACUCUGAUUCUUCUAGCAGUGAUGAUGACAAGAAGAAGAAGAAAAAAGACAAAAAGAAGAAGAAAAAGAAGGACAAGAAAAAGGACUCUGAUUCUUCUAGCAGUGAUGAUGACAAGAAGAAGAAGAAGAAGAAAAAAGACAAGAAGAAGAAGAAAAAGAAGGACAAGGACAAGAAAAAGGACUCUGAUUCUUCUAGCAGUGAUGAUGACAAGAAGAAGAAGAAAAAGGACUCCAGUUCCUGUUCAUCCAAAUCAUCUGACACCGACAAGAAGAACAAAGAGGAGAAGGACAAGCAGGAAAGCCCUCAAGGUGACCAAAGCGGUGAGCCCAAACCAGGGCCUUCAGACUCAAGCAUCAGUUUACCUCCUUUCUCCAGUGGUGUCGGCUCUACUCAGAGCGGCACUGGAUCCUCGUCCUCUGUGUCUCUCUCCUCGACCGUGAAGAUGGAUUCUCCGAAACCUUCAGCCACCUCUAAGUUGUCACCUGCAUCCAGCUCUGAUCAGAGCGGCACAGGGUCCUCGUCCUUUGUGUCACCUCCCUCUGCUGUGAAGACAGAUCCUUCACCCACCUACAAGUCCUCUUACACCAGUACUAAUCUGAGUGUUGGAGACAAGGCUCCCACUCCCAGGAUCAGAAGCCCUAUGGAGUCCUUGAUGGGGAAUCCCAGGAGGCAGGGAGAUGGAACGACCAGGACCACCACCCUCACCUCAAGUGACCUUCUGAGAGGCCCCAAGCCUUACCAACCAUGAUUUGACCAGAUGAAAGCAGUGCUGCUCAAUCUAGAUCAAUGUUAACAAUGCUUUCGGGUAUGUUUUACGGCUGAUACAGAGAUGGUCAUUGAACAUACAUGCAAGUCAAAGAUAGCUUCAGCUCUGUUGGCUUCUUGAGGGUUAACGCUAAUAAUAAUAAUAAUGAAAAAAAAACAUUUUGUUGGGGUUUUUUGAACAUAAAAAUGGGAGAAUUUUUUUUAAUUUUGGAGCAAAAUUUCAACUACAUUAAAGAAUUUAAAAUGCUUUGGGCAAUAAAACUGUGAUGUCAUUAUUUUGUGUUUAUUGUAUCCCCACAAUUACAGAUGCAAGACUUUUGGAGAAUUGUGUGUUUAACAGCUUGGAACAUCCAGGUGUGCUAAAUUGAUUUGCAAACUUGCUCAAGAUUUAAGAUAUAGAUCUUGCAUGGCAAGUUCCUUUUUUAGGAACAAAGAACAUUUUAGAUUUUAGAUAUGUAGCAACUAUCGGACUAGUUUUGCUAGAUAUUCAAGUUUUGCUACAGAAAAAUGAUUCUUUGGUCUAAACCAUCUAAUGUUG